AUGACGACCCUGGAUGAUAAGUUGCUGGGGGAGAAGCUGCAGUACUAUUAUAGCAGCAGUGAGGAGGAGGACAGCGACCACGAGGACAAGGACAGAGGCAGAGGUGCCCUGGCUGGCGGUUCCACGCCCGCAGACGCGGACUUGGUGGGCGAAGGCAUCUCAGUUAACACAGGUCCAAAAGGCGUGAUCAAUGACUGGCGCCGCUUCAAACAGCUGGAGACAGAGCAGCGGGAGGAGCAGUGCCGGGAGAUGGAGAGGCUGAUCAAGAAGCUGUCCCUGAGCUGCAGGUCCCAUCUGGACGAAGAGGAGGAGCAGCAGAAGCAGAAGGCCCUCCAGGAGAAGAUCAGCGGGAAGAUGACUCUGAAGGACUUGGCGGUGAUGAACGAGGACCAGGACGAUGAGGAGUUCCUGCAGCAGUACCGGAAGCAGAGGAUGGAAGAGAUGCGGCAGCAGCUCUACCAGGGGCCCCAGUUCAAGCAGGUUUUUGAGAUCCCCAGUGGAGAAGGGUUCCUGGACAUGAUCGACAAGGAGCAGAGGAGCACCCUCAUCAUGGUCCACAUUUACGAGGACGGCAUCCCGGGGACCGAGGCCAUGAACGGUUGCAUGCUCUGCCUGGCGGCCGAGUACCCGGCCGUCAAGUUCUGCCGGGUGAGGAGCUCGGUCAUCGGGGCCAGCAGCCGCUUCACCAGGAAUGCCCUCCCUGCUCUGCUCAUCUACAAGGGGGGUGAACUGAUUGGCAACUUUGUCCGUGUCACUGACCAGCUGGGGGAAGAUUUUUUUGCUGUGGACCUUGAGGCUUUCCUCCAGGAGUUUGGAUUGCUCCCGGAAAAGGAAGUUUUGUUGCUAACCUCUGUGCGUAACUCUGCCACCUGCCACAGUGAGGACAGUGAUUUAGAAAUUGAUUGA